CAGUAUUUUUAAAAAGCUCCCAAGAUAACUUAAUGUGCACCCCAGUGUGCGACCCAGGUCCCAGACCAACGAUUUCAUUUUGCAGUCAGGAAACUGAAGCCUAGAGAUGGGAACGUAUUCCAGAGGCACACAGCAAACUCCCUCUCUCAUACUGCAGAGCACAAAGCACUCGCCUCCUUUAUUUCUAUCUCUGAUCAUUUGCUUCCAUACAAAUAAUCACAUUUAAUCCUCACAACGCUGGAGAGGUGGUGGGCGGCCAUUACUCCCACUUUAGAGAAGACUGUCCAGGAACAAAACUGUCAAAGUGACUCGCCCAAGGUAGAGGUAAGAACCUAGAAUGUCCGGUCCCUGGUCCAAUGCUCUUUUAACCCCAUCCCAUUGUCAUAAACGGGUUCUAGAAUGAACAGGUCAGUGCUGUGAGGUGGGUUCCAGGUGUACAAGGGAGGGACUAUGAAGUGACAUUCUAGAAUGGUGGAAAGGGUAGGAGAGGAGGCAGGUGACUGUUCCCUCACAAACGGGGGCUUUGGGGCAGACAUGUCCUAUUUCAUGUCUCCACAAGCUCAUCAAGGUCUUCUGCCUUCCAGUCAAGGUGGGGCUGCUUCUCCGGGCGCAUCCCUUGGCCUCUAUAGUGCUGUAGAGCCAGUAGUGGUGGCCCCUGGUGGACUAGGCCCACUGAGCCAGAAACCUGAGCAGGUGGUGCCUGCUGCCCAGGCCCGGGGCCCGGCCCUGGCAGUGCCGGAAGCCAGGGGCUGCCCUGGGGGGGCUAACUGGGAGACCCUGCGGCGGAAGGAGUACAGCCGAUACCACCACAAGUCCCCCCACGCGAGGCAGCCGGAGAGCUUGGGCUGGGAGGACGGCUGCUCCAGAAACAGAGCUCCCCACCUGGGUGGCCCCAGCAGGCCUGGGCCCCUGCUGCUGUGUGGGCUGUCACCAGGGAUUUUACCCAUGUCCUCUGAGGCAGGGGGGAAGGAGGCCGGCUCCCAGCCUGACAUCUGCAUCCUUACCCUGGCCAUGAUGAUCGCUGGCAUCCCCACCGUGCCUGUCCCCGGCCUGCGGGAAGAGGACCUGAUCCGGGCAGCUCAAGCUUUCAUGAUGGCCCAUCCAGAGCCAGAGGGGGCUGUGGAGGGGGCGCGGUGGGAGCAGGCACGCGCCCACGCAGCCUCUGGGCAAAUGCCCCUAAAGAGAUCCAGGAGAGGCCAGCCUCCUGGCUCCUGCUUGUAGCUGGAUGAAAUAGCACCAGACACACAGGGUGGCUUCUCCGUAUGGUUUUUGGGCAGACAGGAUUGGGGGUGCCUGUGGCAAGGAUGGGGACAGGGCAGUCGUUGGAGCUGCUCUGACGAACGCAAGUCUUUCAUCAGGGUCCAGACCCCAGGAAGUUUCUCCAGAUAGCACUAAAAAUAGAUCUUAUCAGAGUAGUUAUGAUGAAAAUUACCUGAGGUAGGGGGCCCGGCUUGGAGUGGAGGUCGCUUUUAUAUUGUUUUGGGAUCCGAUCAAGAUUUCUUGUACAACGUCCUAGGCAAUGAGUUUUCCUCUUGCCUUACAUUUCCCGGCCAGCUGAGGGCAGGUGAUGGGAGCAGAGGCAAGGAAGGAAAAUGAACAGUUAUUUGAGCACCCACUGGGCACUGGGCCCAUUACAUGCAGGCUCUCCUUUAGUCUUGCCAAUGCUGUGAGAUCUCCAUUUUUACAGAUGAACAGAUUGAGCCUUUUUAAGGGCGGCUUGCCUGAAGUCUCAGAGCUAGUAACAGGCACAACUAGGCCUCAGAAAUCAGGCAAGGAACCAGGAUUUGCAUGUAGUGUCAGACUCCAAAGUCUUUCUGCGAUAUUUGCUCUGCUGCCUUCUAGAAGACAAAAAACUAGAUAAGUGCUGGAAUAGGCAACAUUUGACUUUAAUGACCUCUGGGUGGGGGAUAGGGGACAAAGGCUGGGAUCCACCUUCUCUGUGGGUCAGGUGAAUCAUCUAAUGACUGGGGAAGCUGUUACCAGGCCCCUGCCCUUGAUCUCCACUGUCUUAUCCUAGAGCAGGGGGUCACCUGUUUUUGCAAGGCCCUUGAGCUAAGAAUGGUUUUUAACCUUCUGAAAAGGCUGUCAACGCAAAACCAAGCCAAGAAUAUACAACAGAGACUGUGGCCAGCAAA